AUGUCCCUUACAUUGGGGGUCAGUGGGAAGAAUGUCCCUUACAUUGGUGAUCAGUGGGAAGAAUGUCCCUUACAUUGGGGGUCAGUGGGAAGAAUGUCCCUUACAUUGGGGGUCAGUGGGAAGAAUGUCCCUUACAUUGGGGGUCAGUGGGAAGAAUGUCCCUUACAUUGGGGGUCAGUGGGAAGAAUGUCCCUUACAUUUGUGGGGGUCAGUGGGAAGAAUGUCCCUUACAUUGGGGGUCAGUGGGAAGAAUGUCCCUUACAUUGGGGGUCAGUGGGAAGAAUGUCCCUUACAUUGGGGUCAGUGGGAAGAAUGUCCCUUACAUUGGGGGUCAGUGGGAAGAAUGUCCCUUACAUUGGGGGUCAGUGGGAAGAAUGUCCCUUACAUUGGAGGUCAGUGGGAAGAAUGUCCCUUACAUUGGGGGUCAGUGGGAAGAAUGUCCCUUACAUUGGAGGUCAGUGGGAAGAAUGUCCCUUACAUUGGGGGUCAGUGGGAAGAAUGUCCCUUACAUUGGGGGGUCAGUGGGAAGAAUGUCCCUUACAUUGGGGGGUCAGUGGGAAGAAUGUCCCUUACAUUGGGGGUCAGUGGGAAGAAUGUCCCUUA